AUGAGGAUCAAUGACAGGAUGAUGGUGAUUAAGUUGGUCAUUGGAGGGUUCGCCUUAAACAUUAUUAGUGCUUACGCGCCGCAAGCGGGUUUGGAUGAGGAGGAAAAAAGGCGCUUUUGGGAGGACUGGGAUGAAAUGGUGGUAAGUAUACCGCCUACUGAGAAGUUAUUCAUAGGAGGAGAUUUCAUUGGGCACAUUGGGUCUAUUUCGAGAGGCUAUGAUGAGGUGCAUAGAGGAUUUGGCUUCAGGGACAGGAAUGGUGGAGAAGUCUCACUCUUGGAUUUCGCAAAGGCUUUUGGAUUGGUGGUAGCCAACUUGAGUUUUCCGAAGAAGGAGGAGCACUUGGAGGGGACAGAGACAUUGUGUGGGGAGAUUUGGAGCACUCUGAUAGGCAUCAAGACUUUGGAUAUUGAAGGAGUAUAA